AUGGCGGAGGUGGACGCGCCGCCGGCCAAGAAGGCCAAACUGGAGGCGAGCUGCAGCGCCAACGACUGUAUCACCAUGUGCAUUGUGCGCAGCGCGGACGAGCUUGCGGCGCGUGAUGGCCCGACCUUUCCGCCCGCCUUCACGUACCACGCGUUCGGCAAAGACGAGCUCAUUCAGGGCUACACGGGUCUACGCAUCGAGCUCACCUUUGCCGCGCAGACGUUCGACUGUCUCGUUGAGAUUCAGUACGACUACAAGGACGACGAUGCGUGGGAUCUCUUUGCCAAGAUGCAGCCCUCUCUGCCAAGCGGCGCCACACAGGACAAGCCGACUUUCCUCAAAAUCCUCGCCGAUGGCGCCUCGUACCCGCCACCGGGUGCUCUUGUCCAGAGCUACAGCUUCAACGAGCAGGCCUUUGCGACGUCCUACUCGCUGCUGGACGCCCGUGGGCAAGCCUACUUGGACAAGAUGCAAAAGAUGUCGCUUUGGUUCAUCGAAGGGGCCGACGACAUUGACGUCUCGGACGCGCGCUGGUCUCUCUACACAAUGGUGCACAAGCGCAGCGAGGACGACGGCGACUAUACGCCUCUCGGAUACAUUACAAUGUUCACCUUCAACCUGCCGCAGCGUGCCAUGAUGACGUCCAAGCGCAUCUGCCAAGUGCUCGUCUUGCCGCCAUACCAGCGCCAGGGGCACGGCGAGCGGCUCGUGGCGCACAUUAUGACGGAAGCGAGGGCAAGUGACUCGCUUCACGAGAUCACUGUCGAAGAUCCUGUGCCAGGAUUUGCUCGGCUCCGUGACGUCGUCGACGUCAAGACGUGCUUGGAGCACGGCUUCUUUGUGGGCUCUGCGGCGUCGGGGCUCGGGACGAGCACGCAAAAAUGCACACCCGCCGACGUUGCCCACGUCAAGAAGGCACUCAAGCUCACGAAGCUCCAAGUGCAGCGCUGUUACGAGAUGCUCAAGCUGCGACAAGUGGACCGAUCAAACGAGGCGGCCUACAAGGCCUUCCGGCUCGAGGUCAAGCGCCGCCUCCACGCCCAGCACGCCGAGGACCUCGAGGCCGCGACGAGCGCCGAUCGCAAGAAAGCGCUGCUCGCCAACCUGUACGCCGACCUCGAGGCAGAGUACGACGCGGUUUUAACGCGCGCCAAGCUGCCAUAG